CAUAACCUAAUUUUUACUGGAAAACGUUUACAUUUAAAAUGUCUUGUCCUGGUUGGUAUUGUGGUAGGUUUUUAUUACCAGAUGGCGAAAUUAGUGACUGUGGACCUUGUCCAAGAGGAUUUAGAAGAAAUGAAACCACUUUUAUUUGUGAACCUUGUAUGGACAGUCCAACGUUUUAUGACUGGCUCUAUUUAGGUUUCAUGGUACUUUUGGUACUAAUUUUGCAUUGUUUUUUUAUUGAUAUGGUGUCCAUGAGAAGAAGUUUUAGCAAAGAUAUCAUUAUUCUCCACGCUACAGCAUUUAUUGAGGUGGUCCUAUCAUGUAUCCUUUCAUUACUGCUUUCACAUCCUAUGGGCUACUUAACUAUUCAGAGUUGCCAAGUAAGAACGAUUUCAGAUUGGUAUACGUUACUGCACAAUCCUACUCCAAAUUAUGAAAAGAAAAUUCAUUGUACUCAAGAAGCUGUUUACCCAUUGUAUACAAUAGUUUUUUUGUUUUAUGGUUUGUCGCUUGUUUUAAUGCUUUUAAUAAGACCAUGGGUGUGUCGAAAGUACCUUCCUCGUCAGAGUAAGAUGUCAAUAUAUGCAGCAAUGUACUUUAUUCCCAUUUUGGUGUUAUUGCAUGCCCUUAUAGGAGGUUUAUUAUAUUACUCAUUUCCCUACUUGGUAGUAAUAUUGUCAGUAAUAUCAUGUGCAGCCCACUUUGCCAUUAAAAUGGACCAAAGUAUCUCAUCAUUAAUUCUCACAACAGUGGUGGAACCCCGAAAUAUUAUUAUCCUCGUAGGACACUGGUGUUUACAUGCUUAUGGAAUAAUCUCUAUUACGCAAUUGACAAAUCCUACUGUGCAUGCUUUGCUCAUCCUUUUAGUUCCAGUACCAUGUUUAUUCUACAUAUUUACUGCAAGGUUUACAGAUCCAAGCAAAACUCAUUUCUAGUAUACAGUCUCUAAGCAAGAGACAAUAACAAUAGGAGAUACUGAAUAUACAGUGAAUACAAUAAUUCAGCCCCGAUCUGCCACUGUAGAAGAAAGAAGAUUAUGAAUAACAAAGACUAAAAUGUCCAGAAGGUGAGAAACAUACACAAUAUAAAAAUUAAUUACGCGAUUUGUGGUGAACAAUAAUGAUUAGUAAUUAAUUUAUUAUUUGUCAAAUUGUAUUGUUUACGAGGAAAAUAUUUAAAUAUCUGUUUUAUUGUUAUAAAGCAAGCAUAAUAUUUUAUAAAAUGCGUAUGAAUAGAUAUUGCAAUUAGAUAGCUAUUAAAAUUUUAUUGCAUACAUUUUUUGUGCAAUGAAAUUGAAAAAAAAACAUUAAAUUGUUAUAGUCCGUAUGAUAUUUGUUGAGUUUGAAUUCCAAAAAGACCCCUGCACCACUUUCUUUGAAUUAACCGCAUUCAACACCCAAGGUAGGACAUUGGUGGAGUGGCGUUCACCAUAGCAACUUGCAGUGCAACCGGUGUUUUGUAGUUACGAAAGCGUGUUUCUUCGGUUCUUUUCUCCACAAAUAUCAUAUGGACUGUACUAAUAUGUAUCUGAAAUUAUUGUAAUAUGUAUUUUAUAAAUACAUUUUCCA